ACCAUGAGAGAGGCCAGGCCUUCUGGAGGUGAGCCGAUGGAGAUUUAUUCCCCAGACAUGUCCGAGGGAGCCACCGAGAGGUCCUCCAGCCCCUCCACUCAGCUGAGUGCAGACCCAUCUCUUGACGGGCUUCCGGCAGCAGAAGACAUGCCAGAGACCCAGACUGAAGAUGGGCGAACCUCCGGACUCAUGGGCCUGGCAGCUCCCUGCUGUGUCUGCCUGGAAGCUGAGCGCCUGAGAGGUUGCCUCAACUCGGAGAAAAUCUGCAUUGUCCCCAUUCUGGCUUGCCUAGUCAGCCUCUGCCUCUGCAUUGCUGGCCUCAAGUGGGUAUUUGUGGACAAGAUAUUUGAGUAUGACUCUCCUACUCACCUUGACCCUGGGGGGUUAGGCCAGGACCCCAUUAUUUCUCUGGAUCCAACCGCUGCCUCAGCUGUGUGGGUAGCAUCUGAGGCAUACACUUCACCUGUCUCUAGGGCUCAGUCUGAAACUGAGGUUCAAGUAACAGUGCAAGUUGACAAUGCCGUUGUGUCCUCUGAACCUUCAGCGGUCCCGACCCCGAAGAAUCGUAUUUUUGCUUUUUCUUUCCUGCCGUCCACUGCAGCAUCCUUCCCUUUCCCCACUCGGAACCCUGAGGUGAGAACACCCAAGUCAGCAACUCAGCCACAAACAACAGAAACUAAUCUCCAAACUGCUCCUAAACUUUCUACAUCUACGUCAACAACCGGAACAAGCCAUCUUGUAAAGUGUGCAGAGAAGGAGAAAACUUUCUGUGUGAAUGGAGGCGAGUGCUUCAUGGUGAAAGACCUUUCAAACCCCUCAAGAUACUUGUGCAAGUGCCCAAAUGAGUUUACUGGUGAUCGCUGCCAAAACUACGUAAUGGCCAGCUUCUACAAGCAUCUUGGGAUUGAAUUUAUGGAAGCGGAGGAGCUCUACCAGAAGAGAGUGCUGACCAUCACCGGCAUCUGCAUCGCCCUGCUUGUGGUCGGCAUCAUGUGUGUGGUGGCAUACUGCAAAACCAAGAAACAACGGAAAAAGCUUCAUGACCGGCUUCGGCAGAGUCUUCGGUCUGAGCGAAACAACAUGGUGAACAUAGCAAACGGGCCUCACCACCCCAACCCACCCCCCGAGAACGUCCAGCUGGUGAAUCAAUACGUCUCUAAAAACGUCAUCUCUAGUGAGCAUAUUGUUGAGAGAGAAGCGGAGACAUCUUUCUCGACCAGUCACUAUACCUCUACAGCUCACCACUCCACCACUGUCACUCAGACUCCUAGUCACAGCUGGAGUAAUGGGCACACUGAAAGCAUCAUUUCGGAAAGCCACUCUGUAAUCAUGAUGUCAUCAGUAGAGAACAGUAGGCACAGCAGCCCCUCUGGGGGCCCAAGAGGACGACUUAAUGGCGUGGGAGGCCCUCGCGAGUGUAACAGCUUCCUCAGGCAUGCCAGAGAAACCCCUGACUCCUACCGAGACUCUCCUCAUAGUGAAAGGUAUGUGUCAGCAAUGACCACCCCGGCUCGUAUGUCACCUGUAGAUUUCCACACGCCAAGCUCCCCCAAAUCGCCCCCUUCGGAAAUGUCUCCACCUGUGUCCGGCACGACGGUGUCCAUGCCCUCCAUGGCAGUCAGCCCCUUCGUGGAAGAAGAAAGACCUCUGCUUCUCGUGACACCACCGAGGCUGCGGGAGAAGUACGACCGCCACCCCCCGCAGUUCACCUCCUACCACCAUAACCCCGCGCAUGAGAGCAACAGCCUGCCCCCUAGCCCCUUGAGGAUAGUGGAGGACGAGGAGUAUGAAACCACCCAGGAGUACGAGCCAGCUCAAGAGCCUGUUAAGAAACUCACCAGUAGCCGGCGGCCCAAAAGAACCAAGCCCAAUGGCCACAUUGCCAACAGGUUGGAAAUGGACAGCAACGCAAGUGCGGAAGGCACUCACUCAGAGAGUGAGACAGAAGAUGAGAGAGUAGGGGAAGAUACCCCCUUCCUGGGCAUUCAGAACCCCCUGGCCGCCAGUCUUGAGGCAGCACCUGCCUUCCGCCUGGCGGACAGCAGGACUAACCCAGCAGGCCGCUUCUCUCCGCAGGAAGAAUUGCAGGCCAGGCUGACGAGUGUAAUCGCUAACCAAGACCCUAUCGCUGUAUAAAACCUAAAUAAACACAUAGAUUCACCUGUAAAACUUUAUUUUAUAUAAUAAAGUAUUCCACCUUAAAUUAAACAAUUUAUUUUAUUUUAGCAGUUCUGCGAAUAGAAAACAGGAAAAAAAAACUUUUAUAAAUUAAAUAUAUGUAUGUAAAAAUGUGUUAUGUGCCAUAUGUAGCAAUUUUUUACAGUAUUUCAAAACGAGAAAGAUAUCAAUGGUGCCUUUAUGUUCUGUUACGUUGAGAGCAAGUUUUGUACAGUUACUGUGAUUGCUUUUCCACAGUAUUUCAGCAAAACCUCCCAUAUAUUCAGUUCUCGCUGGCUUCUUGUGCAUUGCGUUAUGAUGUUGACAGGAUGUACGAUUUGUGAGACUUGCAACUUCCCUUCCGUUUGCUUCUAGUAGCGCCCGAUCAGUACGUCUUGUAAUGGCACAUCCAUCCAAAUACUCUUCUCUUUUGUACGAAGUUUUCUUUUGCUUUCGGUAUACGAAAUGAGUUGUGUCUACUCCGCCAGCCAAAGGUUCGCUUCACUGGGCUCUGAGAUAAUAGUAGAUCCAACAGCAUGCUACUAUUAAUUACAGCAGGAAACUGCAUUAAGUAAUGUUAAAUAUUAGGAAGAAAGUAAUCUUGUGCUUUUUUUUAAAGCGAUAUUCUUCAUCAGAAGACAGCCGGCUCUCACUAGAAAAGAGCAGCCAUUUGCUUUCUUUUGGUUUCCUUUUCCUGACAAAGAGCAACCGUUUGGGGGAGAGCAUAGAACUCGGGCUCUGGCUUGCUAUCAGGGUACAUCCAUCACUUUAUAAGAGGACUCGCCUCACCUUCUGGGGGAAUGACACAACAGGUCAUCUAGCUGAAGAUCAAACCGUGGCUGAAAAAGGUGCAAUCGUUCCUGACUUGGGUUGUCCACCGAUUUUGGAGCCAGGGAUUGGUUGUGUCCUAACAGCUGGAGAAUAGACGUGUCAUGGCACAAGCAAACCAGCUGAAACAGCACACUCAGCAGUUGGUCUGCAAUGCUUCUGCAGUGAAAUGUGCCUGCUGUAUGUGGUGGUGAUUAGUCACCAAAGGCAAUAUUUCUGUUGUAGUGUGUCUAGAAACAGGGAAUGUAUAGAAGGCGCAGGUGGAGAACGGCUGUGUGACAUGAUUGCAGUUUUAAACAGUUUUGUUGACCGCUCCCUUCUCCUCAUGAUUUUUCUCUUGUUUCUCGAUGUUGCCUUGAUUAGGUCACAACUAUGCAUGAACAUUUUUGUCAGGAAUGGCCAAUGUGCAUGUGAUUUGUGAUUAGCGAGAACCUUCCACGAGCGAUGAUCCAUCAGGAAAUGUUGGUAGUGUUGAAAAGAUCGCACCUUUCCUUGCAGAAGUGACCCCCGCCUGUGAACUGACCUCUCCAUCUGCAGCCCUUAUCAUCCACCCCCUGCCCCACUUCUUACUUUCUGCUUUACUGUCACAAAACAGGAUGAAGACGGGUCUGAACUUUGCAUGUUCUCUGUGAUUGUAAGUCCAAAGAAGGCCUAGAGGUGUUACCAUUGGAGAUAACUGCUGAUUCAGGAAAACAAGGCAAUUAAAAAAAAAAAAAACAAAAA